ACCAUCAAAGUAGCCUUUUAUUAAAUUAUCAUAUUCAUACAAUUUAUUAUUCUUUUUCAAAUAUGAAAUUGGCUAAUAAGAACUUGUACAGCAUUUUCAAAGAUGCUGGUCUCGACCUGGCAGCUCUUACAUUCCGUCGCCAAGUGGAAAUUAUUACGGUGUAUCUUACCUGGAUACACCUUCUAAUAUAUACAUGGCAGGUGACUUUCUAUUGUGUGGAUGGCAUAAUGUCCUUCUUUCAUACUAUAAUGUUUUGGAUUGGUUUAUUGAUUGUCGGCCAGCGUGAAUUUGGUGAGCCACUUGAUGGGGAUGCUAAAGGAGUCACAGAUGUUACUGCUGACUAUAUAUCCCAACUGGCUGAAGGUCAAGUUAUUACGCCCUACGAUUUUAACUAUAUUCUGAGGGAAUUCACUCGCCCAAAUAAUCUGCAGAACUACCAAUUGCAUUCACACCAAAUAAGUCUGGUCCUCGAUUGAGCCUGGCCGAAUCCAAGAAGUUGAGGAGGCUGCCAGGAGUUGCCUUUUUAAAAUAUAUUUUUUUAUUUAAAUU